GCGCCGCGAGCUAGUGCAGUGGGCAGACGCAGCAGCAGCGCAACACGUGGGGACGCAGUGUCAGCCCCAGCCUUAACAAUGAAGCGAGCAGAAGGAACGCCUCCACCGAAGCAGCCACAGGCAGCGGAAGCGGCUGACGCGGUAGCAGAGAAGAGGGCGAGGGAAGAGCAGCAGCAGCAGCAGCAGCAAACGGCGACGACGGCUGCAGCAGCAGGGCGCCCGCAUCCACCAGCCGGCCCAGAGUCAGCUGCAAGGCGGCAGUCCAUCAGCGCCGACCACCACGUGACGAAGGGAACUCCCACGGAGCCGCUGCCGGAGCCCACUGCCGGCAACCCUCUCGAGGAAGACGAACACGAGGCAGCAGGUUACAGUGUUCCGAAGGCUGCACACGUUGUGGUGGAAGAACAGUCUGCUUCGACAGAAGCAGGCAGCAAGGGUCUGGAAGACACUGACCCGCAGAAAACAGACGGGGAAGGUGCCGCGUGGCGCGCAAGGAGGCGGAAACAGUUCUCGCCCAAGAAGCGGGUCUCCCUGGCCGACUACGUUCUGCCGCAGUCCUACGAAGAAUGGACUGCUCUGCCAGAAACUAGCAGCGGGAGUCCCCACGAGUCGCCUGACUGUAAGAAAGCAGGCAGUGAUAGCGUGGGGCGCACGCGCAGGCGGAAGCAGCAGCAGCCCAAGAAGUGGGUCUCCCUGGCUAGGCUCGGCCACCACCACCAGCAUAACCAGCAUGUGUGCUGCCUGCACGGCCCCGGUCGCUCCUCCCAGGCAGGGGCAGAGUCACAGCUGCCGGCCACGUCCUGCACUCUCCCAGGGGACCCCAGAGACAGGAGCUACACAGAAAUGUAUUGCUCCAAGAAGAUGGGAAAGAGGCGUUACAAACGCCACACAUCCAGGAAGAGACUGCGGAUUUCGUUAAAUAGUUUAAUUGCUGAACAAAGUCAGUCAGAAUCGUCUGCGACUCCUGUGUCGCCUGAGGGCGAAACGGGAGGGCAGGCGUCUGAUCCGCAGGAAGUGCCGCCGGUGGGGCGUGGCUACAGGUGCAAUGUCGCCGCGGUGGGCGGGGCACCGCGGCACACUGCGCAUGCGCGUCAGCGCGCGGCAGUGGCAGGGUCUGCCGCCGGGGGUUCCCCGCAGGUACGGCUGCCGGCCGCGGCUGCCAGCAGGUCACAGGAAGCUGACCUCCCGGAGCAGCUGGUGCCGCAAGUGGAGAGCCCGCUGGAAAGUGGCCCCGCGGAGCACACCCCGGGGCACCUGGCUGAAGACCAGCAGCUGCCCCAGCUGUCCGGCUGCGACCCCGCCCACUUUUCCAGCGACCUAGCAACCAGGAGGCACCACAGCCGCGAGCAGACCCGGCGGCAACAGCGGCUGCCGCUGCCGCCAGAUCCACUGCCGUCGCCAUUCUUAUCUAAUCUCUUUGAGAUCGCUUUCGAUUUAUCACCAUUGCUAGAGAGGGGGCAGCCGACAGCCAGGCAAGAAGUGGGCGGCAUGGCAGAGCAGGAGCAGCUGCAGCUGCUCCAGAACCCGCCAGCAGCGCGCCUGGCGCCGCCAUUUGCACGACAAGUUCCGGUGGCGCCACUAGAACCACCGCCACCUCCACCACCGGCAAACAGAGCUGCAGCGCGCAAACACAGCGACGUGCCGGCGCAGUCUCUCUACAGAAGCCCAGGAUUUACGCAGGCCUCCCCUCCGGGUCUGCGGAUGUUCGACGAGCGGUCACUGCUGCAGAUCUUGGGAAUAGAGGAGCGCGGCACAGGUGUUAAUGGCGUCCAUGGCCGCGGUGGUCCACUCCCCACGCGUGGCUUGACCUUCGCGGCAGGCAAGAUAAGCAGGGAAGUGUGGGGGUCGCGGCCCGUGCAGGGCUACCUCGACCCCGAGGCGCUGGCUGACGCUCUGGCGCCGCCCUUCGGUUCCAGAUCACCGGCCGCAGCUGCUGCUGGCCGCUCACCAGGCGGCGGCGGCGGUUCAUCUCCCUCUGCUCGGGAGCCGAGGAUGCCCUGGCGAGCCCGGUCCGGGUCUCUUUUUCCUCUGCGGGGGUUCUUCGACCCCGAGGCUCUGGCAGACGCUCUCAAGCCGUCAGACCAGACCACAGGAGCCGCCAGCCAUCCACCAGGGGACGCGUCCUCCCCGGCAAACAGGGAGCAGCGGGAGGCGCCGCCCCAGCAGGGCUUCCUGGACCCCGCCGCCUUGGCAGACGCCCUCGAGCAGUCUCCAGAGUCUGGAGAAGCUGGGGAGUCUGGAGGCUCCAGCAGACGGACAACAGGGGCCGGCGGUGGCCCACCUGCCCGUCGUGCUGUGUAAAGCUGUCUGCUAAACGCGACUACCAACCGAAAACAAACAUCCACCACUUUGGUAGUCUAGAAUGGAGUCAUUCACCCGUUAAUCCUUCAGACUAAAUUUUUUUUCAAACCACAUUGCUUUAAUGAGUUAUUGUUCGCUAAAGUGAGUCCUUUAAUGUUAGUAAUUUUCUUCUAUUUUCUUGUUCGGUCAUUUUUACUGAAGACUAUUUCGUGCUACUGUUCUCGAUGUGGAACAAAUUAACAGGGCAAUUUUAUGAAGAGAGAGGGAGAUGUGCAAUAAAAGCAAAACAUCCAUGAAAUGACAAUACGAUUUGUCAGAAAGUAAAGAUAUUUUAGGCAGCCUGGAUACGUACUUAAACAUCGUUAUGAACUCUUGUUUUGCCUUUAGUGUGGAACUGGCUACCUGUUUCUAGCUACUCGUAGAGUUUACAUCCAUUUCGUAGAGUCACAUU